CGGGGUGGGGAGGUAACGGGACGGGCGCGACCAUGGCGCGUUGAGGGAGCGGGGGUGGGGAUCGGUCCCGGGGAGGCCUGGGGCCGCUGGCUUGUGCGCCGUCUCGGCCGCCCCCCCCCUUUCGCCGCCGCCGCCGCCGCCGCCGCCCCGGGCAUGUCGUCCAACUGCACCAGCACCACGGCGGUGGCGGUGGCGCCACUCAGCGCCAGCAAGACCAAGACCAAGAAGAAGCAUUUCGUGUGCCAGAAAGUGAAGCUAUUCCGGGCCAGCGAGCCGAUCCUCAGCGUCCUGAUGUGGGGGGUGAACCACACGAUCAAUGAGCUGAGCAAUGUCCCUGUGCCUGUCAUGCUAAUGCCAGAUGACUUCAAAGCAUACAGCAAGAUCAAGGUGGACAAUCAUCUCUUCAAUAAGGAGAACCUCCCCAGCCGCUUUAAGUUCAAGGAGUACUGCCCCAUGGUGUUCCGGAAUCUCCGGGAGAGGUUUGGGAUUGAUGAUCAGGAUUACCAGAACUCAGUGACGCGCAGUGCCCCCAUCAACAGUGACAGCCAGGGCCGCUGUGGCACACGCUUCCUCACCACCUACGACCGACGCUUUGUCAUCAAGACUGUGUCAAGUGAGGACGUGGCCGAGAUGCACAACAUCCUAAAGAAAUACCACCAGUUCAUAGUGGAGUGUCACGGCAACACGCUCUUGCCACAGUUCCUGGGCAUGUACCGCUUGACCGUGGACGGCGUGGAGACCUACAUGGUGGUCACCAGGAACGUGUUCAGCCACCGCCUCACUGUACACCGCAAGUAUGACCUCAAGGGCUCCACUGUUGCCAGAGAAGCCAGCGACAAAGAGAAGGCCAAGGACUUGCCAACGUUCAAAGACAAUGACUUCCUCAAUGAAGGGCAGAAGCUGCAUGUGGGAGAGGAAAGUAAAAAGAACUUCCUGGAAAAACUGAAACGGGACGUAGAGUUCCUGGCCCAGCUGAAGAUCAUGGACUACAGCCUACUGGUGGGCAUCCACGACGUGGACCGGGCGGAGCAGGAGGAGAUGGAGGUGGAGGAGCGGGCCGAGGACGAGGAAUGUGAGAAUGACGGGCUGGGGGGCAACCUGCUCUGCUCCUACGGCACGCCCCCCGACAGCCCGGGCAACCUCCUCAGCUUCCCCCGCUUCUUCGGCCCCGGGGAGUUCGAUCCCUCCGUUGAUGUCUAUGCCAUGAAAAGCCAUGAAAGUGCCCCCAAGAAGGAGGUCUAUUUCAUGGCCAUCAUCGAUAUUCUCACACCGUACGACGCGAAGAAGAAAGCUGCCCAUGCCGCCAAGACAGUGAAGCACGGGGCGGGGGCCGAGAUCUCGACCGUGAACCCUGAGCAGUACUCCAAACGCUUCAACGAGUUCAUGUCCAACAUCCUCACGUAGUUACCUUCUACCUUCAGCCAGAGCCAGAGAGCCGGAUGUGGGGUCGGGGUCGGAAAAGGGAGAGGGCGUAUUUGGGCUGGAUGGGAGGGCGGGGAGCAGAGGGGAGGGUGGGGACCAGAGGGGAGGGCUUUAGUGAGGAGCCAGCACCCAGGACAGAAAGACCAGUGGGGGUGGGGAGGGGAGGUGCUGCGUGGACACGUGCUCCCACGGUGCACCUCACCUUCCGCUCACCCUUGACUUUACCCCCUUCUGACCCAGGUCGAAGAGGGGUUUCUUUUUUGUUCCCUUGUAACCUUUUACAAUACCUUGGGGCUAGAGAGGACUUUGUGGGUUUCUGUGGGUUCCGUCUCUGCGAGCUCAUUGCUCCAGGUUUGGUGUUUAUAAUGAUGUGUGUCAUCACCCCGUCACCCUCCCCAUCCCUGCCCUGCUCUGGGUCCCCUUCGGUUAAAAGGGCGCCCCACGGGCCCGGCCAAGGGUCCACAUGCUCCAUUGACAGAGGACAGGAGGUCAGACACCUCAGCCCUGCUGCAUUGGAUCUUGUCUGGAUUAACUUUUGAAUGUUAUGGAGUAUUGUGCACAAUAUCCUCCUCCUUUUUGCCUCGGAUCCAAGUGAAAUGUUACCGGAUUCCUCCAUGUAAAAGCUGUCCUCCUGAAGGAAGGCUCCAGAUUAGCACCAGGCAUCUUGGAUGAGGAGAGAUCUCCCAGGGGCGUGAGUUCAUCCUCGUGGGAUGGUUGGGGGUGGGGGUCGCGGCCGGGCUGUCGGACGUCAGGUUCUCACAGAACCCCGUGAACAUCGUCCAUGCCCCUGGCCCCUGGCCUUCCUUCAUCCUGUCCAUAAGGCCUGCCUUCCGCUGGGUCAAGAGGAACUAGGAAGCAUCUUUACGGAUAGCAGGACCCCCAGUCGCCACUGGGUGUCAGAUGAGACCUCGAGUCCUCCAUCCAUUUGCUUCCCUCUGACCUUGGCCCCGGGCACCCUCCCUCAUAGCUGAGCUUCUCGCUGGGCCACAUCUCUGCCUGCCUGGGCCCCUCCCUGCAGAGAAGCCUCUUCAAACACCAGGGCCGCGGUGUAGACGAUCUGAGGCCCAUGCCUGUGGGUCUGUCGCCUGGACAGUCGUGGACAGCAGGGGGUGCACCCCACCACCACCUUGGAGGGUGGCAUCCAAGCCUGAGGUUAUUUCAGAGUCACUUGAGUAGGGGACCCACGAAAUCCAGUUUGGAGGCUUGAUUUAGGGAUCGCGUGCCCUGGGCUUUGGGGGCAUUUUCCUUCGCAAACUGCCUCCCCUGGCCUUCCUCAGGAGUGGCAUCCUGAGCGUCCUUCAGGCCCUCUGCCCAGCUGCUGAGUGACCCAGGACUCAGGACCAAGCCACAUGUCCUCCUGUGACGCCGUCAGAGCAGUCUGGUCUGGCUAGGAAGGAAACAGCCCUGUGUCAGAACUGGGGACUUAGGAUGAGAUACGAUGGAACUUGUACAUAACCCCACACAUGCGAAGCGAGUCUGUGGAAGCAUUUGGAACAAAUGGAUUGGUUUCCUGUGGCUCCCUCCAAACCUGGCGGGGCUCAGCUCUUGGAGCAGGAACCAGCGCCGUGUCGGGGCCCUACCCACAGCUUUCAGGUUAGGGAGGAAGGGAGGCCACAUUCUUGGAGCCCACUGGGACUGCUGGAACCUUUCUGGAAGAGGCAGACAGAUCAGACAGCCCCGGCCCCGCAAAGGGGCGAGACCACCAAGUGACUUGGGGAAGAACUUGGAACCAAGUGGCUCAUGGAGAAAACCAGUCAGACUUAGGAAGAGAUUAUGUAGGAAUAAUGUCUGGACUUGAUUUCCCCACCUCCUAAUCAAGAAUGAAAAUUUGGAUCUGCCCCUCAGGAGGCCCAGCGUCUUCAGAGCCUGGUGGGCUGUCCCCCCGCCGCGGCCACAGCCUUGGGCUCCCGGCGGCUUCCUGCGCUGGGUCUGCUGAUCAUGUUGCCAUCAUGUGUAUGAAAAGUGUAACACGAUCCUUCAGUUAAAGAUGAGCUACCAGGUA